AUGAUAAUCAGAUUUCUACUGUACUGUUUGUUGUUAUCUAUCAAACUACAAUUACAUAUUGUAAAUUUGCAUCCAACAAUUCUUGCAGACGGGAAUAUAAUUCAUCAUAGAACUAAACGAUGGGCCUUUUAUGAAAUACAUAAAUGUGGUCGUAUUAAAGGAUAUAGUUGUUUAGAACAUCGUCACUGUUAUGAGCGUUAUCUGCGUCGUGAUAUGGUUUGCUUUGAAGUUUAUCCUUGUUUAAGUUCGUGUAUAUUUAUUGCUCAGCUUCACGAUGCUGAAAAAUUAAAUGAACAAAUUAAAAAAUUAUUAUUAGACGGUAUACCAGUCAAUAAUCAUAACGAUCCAAUUAAUUAUGUACGAGAACAAACGGCAAAAUUAUUGAAGGAAUUAAAUUUAACUCUACCAUCGCAUAAUCAAUCAGAAGUCUCAGCGCCGUCAUCAGCAUCAUUAGUAUGA